UAGACAGUAUCAGAAUUAUUAUAGACUUAUUAAUUUAAUGAAAUGAAAUGAUCAGAAAUGUAAAUGUUAUGACAUGCGUAAACGCGCGCCUUCAACCUGGUCGUUCUCGGACUCCAAAAAAACUUUAAAGGAUUUUUAAAGCGCAGCAAAAUUUCCAUUGAGAUUCUCUUCUUGGAAAUAAAAAUAAAAAGAUAACAAACUGCAUAGGAGCUGUGAAAGGUCGUGUUUUAAGUCCACAGUAAAGAUGAACAUCCAAAACAGCAGUGAUUUAGAGAGACCCGAGAGCAAUAUAGACUCAGAGGCACCCGAAAAAACAUUAUUCGGAAUCGGCUCCGACAACUUCGUCACCCUUUUGAUUUUCGGACUCAUUUUUACUCUGGGGGUCCUGGGAAACUCUCUGGUCAUCACCGUGCUGUCUCAACGCAAACCUGGACAGCAUCGCAGCACCACCAACAUCUUCAUCCUGAACCUGAGCGUCGCCGAUCUGUCGUAUCUUCUCUUCUGCAUCCCGUUUCAGUCAACAGUGUACAUGCUCCCCACGUGGAUCCUGGGUGCCUUUAUUUGCAAGUUCAUCCAUUACUUUUUCACAGUGUCCAUGUUGGUGAGCAUCUUCACUUUAUCUGCCAUGUCGGUGGACAGGUAUAUCGCCAUAGUGCACUGCAGGAAGUCGUCGUCGAUCAGAGUUACCAGGCACGCAUUGAUCGGGGUGAUGGUUAUAUGGGUGCUGUCCUUCGCCAUGGCCACCCCUGUUGCCUAUUACCAGAGUAUCGUGGAAAGUGAGGAUAACAGCACGUUUUGCUGGGAAGUGUGGCCGGACCACCACAGGAGGAAAAUAUAUGUGGUGUGCACGUUUGUCUUUGGAUACGUGCUGCCAUUGAUUCUCAUAUCUUUCUGUUACGCAAAGGUCUUGAAUCACUUGCAUAAAAAGCUGAGAAAUGUUUCCAAAAAGUCUGAAGCAUCGAAAAAGAAGACUGCUCAGACAGUAUUGGUGGUUGUGGUGGUCUUCUGUCUGUCCUGGCUGCCCCAUCACGUGGUGCAUCUUUGGGUCGAGUUCGGCUCUUUUCCCCUCAACCAGGCGUCCUUCGUGCUCCGAGUGGCCGCUCAUUGUCUAGCCUACAGCAACUCCUCAGUUAACCCUGUUAUAUAUGCAUUCCUCUCUGAGAACUUCAGACAGGCGUAUAAACAGGUGUUUCGUUGUCAGGUUACUUCUGAGUGCCCUACGAAUGAGGCCAGACAGAAGAAGAGCAAGAUGGAGGCGGGGCCAUCCACUAACUGCACCACUGUGUAG